AACAAGCGCGAGACUGCGAGAUUCACUCCAUGACAACCUGCUAUAUUUUAGAGUCUGGCUAUUGAGCCUGUUGGAGUAAAUUUGGAAAUCAGCCUUUGUGACUACGCUAGAUUUUAGUCUAGAUCUAAUCUACACCAAUUUCAAAAUGACAACAUAUAAAGCUGGAGACUGUAAGAGAGAAGAGUUCAGGAAAUAUUUAGAAAAGGCAGGAGUAUUAGACACUCUCACAAAAGUUUUAGUUGUACUUUAUGAAGAGCCAGAGAAACCCAAUAAUGCUUUGGAUUUUUUGAAACAACAUCUUAAUGUUACUGGACCUGAUACAGCUGAUAUUGAAGCCUUAAAGCUAGAAAUUUCAGAACUAAGACAGAAAUGUGAACAGUUGCAGGAAGAGAAUAAUGAAUUAAAAGCCAAGAUUCAACAACUAGAACCAGCAUUAGAACCUGAAGUUCCUGAAAACUGAAUGGCUGUGUGAAGUCUUUGUUUUAUAGUUUUUGAAAGCUGUUGUACAAAGAGUAUUGGAUGUUUGGUUAAAAUGUUUUCUUUAUAGGUGAAAACAAAAUACAGUUUUUCGUGUCAUGAGAUUUAAAGCCUUUUUAAACAAAAAGCUUUAACUUUUGAAAUUUUAAUACAUGUACCAGUAAUUAAAAGUUUUACAAAUAUAGACAGGAAUACAAAUGUGUACAUGAUGAAUUUUACUUUUUAGUUAAAAUAGAAAAUGAUAUUAAAGAAAUUACUUCUAAGUUGUUUUUUAAACAUUAUGUCAUACCAUAACAUAAUUUUGUGUUCAUAUAGUUUGAUUUGAAUGAUCUAUUCUUAAUGUUACAAAAUAUAGAAUGAAACCAUAAUUUUUUUUAAACACCAUAUUUCUAAUAAACAAAAAUAAUUCAUUCAUCUUCAAAGCAGAUUUCUUUUAAAAUUAGGCUAGUUGAGACCAUGAUCCAAAGAGAUAAAAUUCAGUCUCCCUAAAAAAAUUAGUCCAUUAGAUUGUCUUGAAUAUUUUGUUUAAAUGUUAGAAGAUUGGGAAAAUGGGGGUGGGAGUAAAUUUCACAUAAUUGUUUUUUUAGCUUUGAAACUAAGGUGGUUUCUAAUAAUGUUCAUUAUUUAUCUUUUUAAUUAAUUUUUACAGAGCUCCACUUUUUUUUUGUCUUUGUAAUGUUACCUCAAAAUAUUUUGGUAAACAUAUGCAAAUAAAACAAUCAAAAUCGU